UGGGAUUUCAUGCUUCUCCCAUGAUUUUUUCAUCUCUACAUGGUUGUACCCCUCGCGUUCCGUGUUGUUUGUUGUUCGAAUAGGACGAUGAACCUCAUUCGGAUUAUUGCCUCUUGUAUUAAAUAGACCUCAGAAGUUUCAACAACUCUGCUGAUCCGCUAUUAGAACUAUUCCAUCCUGAUUAUCCAAGUGCUCUUCGGGAUUUCGAGGUGUGGUUCUCGUUCUAUGCCUAGAGACCACACCACCAUCAUGAGCCUGUACAAUGUCUUCAGCAGUUAGGCCUACGAUAUUAGGCCAGGGACGCCAGGCAUGGCGAUCUCUUUACGAGUGCAUCGAUACCUUUACAUCGAGAGUGCCGAUGAAACGAAAUCCGAUCAAUAAUAUUGGACCUCAUCAGACAGCGCCUUAUACUUCGAUUGUAAGGCCGCGAUCGUCGGGAUCUCCAUGGUCAUACUUUCGAGCACCAAAACCUUCCGGCAAUCAUGUUCGACGGAGCUUUACGUCCAGUGGUUUGCUGCUUAUUGGGUUUGCAUCACCCACGUCAACCACCUCAGCAGUCACAGCAACGUGUUCGGCUGCUGCGGACUCUGCUAUACUCGGAAAUGCGGUUCAAACGUCCAGCAUCAGCAAGUUAGCGAGGCAAGCGUGGACUAGGGAAAUACAUACUUCUUCUCGAGGUGGUCGGGGUAGAAUAAUAAGGGUUCAUCGAAGGACGAAAACCUCAAAAUCUAACACCGAUAAUGCGAGUCCAACUGUCGCCCACCAGAAGAAUAUGACUCCGUCAAAGCCUACCCAAAGCUCAACGCCUGACGCAAAGCCUGACUCGGAGCCCGGCGUCACGCCCACCGAAGAGGAGUCGGCAUCUUCGUCUGUGUCCAAAUACUUUCAUCUACCUGCAAUGCCUCAGCUACCACAUCUACCUCAUCGACCAACUAAAGAAGAGUUUCUUGCUGCUGCGACCGGGUUUUGGCAGCGUCUAAAAGUUCGGUUCAAGUGGUUUUCUAUCAGAAGCAUGAGGCCUUGGAAUAUAGAUGAGUGGGGUGCUUUUGUCUCAUGGUUUCUCUUCGGUCAUCUCGUCUGGAUUUUGGUCGGCACAACUACUUUCUUCUCGCUCGCCAUCCUCUUCAUCAACACCGUUUUUGCGCAAGAAACUCUUGCGAAAUGGGUCGGGGACUAUUUAACCGAGUCUGCUGGAUUGACAGUAGUCUUUGAGUCGGCUAUCGUCCCCCGAUGGAAGGAUGGUGUUAUUUCAUUCCGAAAUGUAUUCGUCUCCCGAAGGCCCGGCCAAGUCAAAUCUACUGUCAGCAAGGGAUCUUCCUCGAGCGCUGCAGCGGUAGCUGCUGCCGGAAGAGAAUCCGACAAAGAGGGUCCCGUCGUCGAAGUGGAUGAUGGCAACUAUACACAAUUUGAUAUCACACUCAAUACUGUGAAUGUUACGCUUUCGUUCGUCAAAUGGUGGAACGGUAGAGGCCUACUGAAAGAUGUCGAGAUCAAAGGUGUGCGAGGGGUGGUGGAUCGGACCUCGGUUAGGUGGUCUAGUGAACGAGUCGAUCCCUUAUCAUACCGCCACGAACAUAACCCCGGCGACUUCGAGAUCGAUGCAUUCAAGUUAGAGGACCUACUCGUCACCGUUCACCAGCCAAGCGGGUUCCGACCUUUCCCAGUGAGCAUAUACUCGUGCGAACUUCCUCAACUAAGGAAACAAUUCUUAUUCUACGACUUUUUAUCUGCCAACCACAUGUCUGGAUCAUACGACGGAUCUCUGUUUACCAUACAUCCUCGUCAAAUCCACGGUGUUCCUGCCGGUCGCGAACACAUCGCUUGCGAUCCACUAGGGGAACCAGAUGCCUGGAAGAAGUUUAGCCGUAUUCGGAUAGAUGGACUUAAGAUAGAUCACCUCAACCGGGGCGUCGAAGGUCCGUUCGGUUGGAUUUACGAAGGCAACGUUGAUAUCGUAUCUGAUAUCAGGUUCCCGGCUGAUGACGAUGACGGCAUUACGAAGGUAGUGUCAGACUUCUAUGACCGACUCGAGGAAGCGGUUACAUCAAACCGUUAUCUUCGUAUCCUGGACAAGCCCCGUCGUGACGAAGAAGUCAUAUUUAACGCUCCGAGCCACCUCCAGUCCGACGAAACCCCGGAAGAGACUACUGAUGCUACAACACCCGCAGAUGCGGAUACAGAUACUGAAACCGACGACGGCUUCGUCCUAGUCCCAGCACCUUCGAAAUCAAACGAGGACCGACCGCGCUACCUUGUCAUGGACUUGCGGAUCCACCUGAACGAUGUCAAGGCCACCGUCCCUGUCUUCACUUCCAACCUAUCAUACGUGAAUCAGGCUCUCGUACGACCCAUCGUAGCCUACAUCAACGCCAAGCGCACCUACAUCCCCAUCAGCUGCCGCAUCGUCAAGCGCGCUUCCGACUUCGAUGGCUCUUGGACUAUCUACGAUUGCGGGCUUAUGGAUGAUACCUCAGCUGAAGUGUACUCCGCAUUCGCACACGAUGUUGAAGAUCAGCAGAGCCGUGUUCGUCGCUUGAAGAAGGUCGGUUUCUGGACCUUGAGCUUGGCUGUGCAUGCGCUCUUCAUGGGUAUGGCGGGGAACGUCAUCUAAGACCCUCCUCCCUCCCUCCUACUCCCACUCUAACCCCUUACCCCUCUAUUGUAAAUAAAAUAAAAUGAUUAGGUACGCAAGCACGGAUGGAUUUAUGAGGAACGGGGAAAAUGGCCUACGCGAACGCCGGUGACGAUAUUUUUUUUUUUCUUCGUUUGAAUGGGUUGGGUAUAUACACAUACACACGUCACGUAUGGAGUUUUGGGUGUCGUCGGUUGGGUCUGUCUUUUUCGCGCCGGAAAUACCCCCCUUAGGCAAUACAAAUAGAAAUAUAAAGAAAUACAUAUGCAUAA